GAGUGACGCGCACGCAGUCGAAAGCUAUGUUACGCUCUGAAAACUGAAAACAAGGCUCAAACUAGUAAAUAUGAAGAUGGAUUAUGAUCAGUAAUCAUUUCAAAGUGACACAGACACAUUGGAUUAACCAUUGGAUUAACCUUCAGCGGCGUUUUAUAUAGUUUUGAUGCCAUUGAACAGAACUUUUGAUCAGAACAACAGCAAAGGCUCGCCCUGCUCUGGGGUUUAACUGCUGAGCAUGCUGGGAAAAGCUCCGCCUACAACCAGUAGCCUCAACCUGGUCACCUCUGAGGUGUCUGACGUCACAUCGGACCCCGACGCUCACGACGGAAUCACCAUGGCCGACCUGGUGGAGAGCCUGGACACCAGAGAGCUGGACAUGGGGGAGGGAGAGGAGAUCGAGUAUGAUGGAGGCUACUUGGGGGACUGUCGUAUCCCAUUUUCAGCGGUGUAUGCCACAGUGGGCUUCAAGGAGGCCAACGCCAAGGUCUACCUUCCCACUGUGCCCAUCACCGCCCGGAUACUGGAGGUGGAGAGAUUCACCGCCGCACAGGACCGCUUCAACCUGUCGCACCAGAGGAGUGUCAACAAGUCCCUGCCGGCAGUGUUUAAGAUCGAGCUGAAGCAUGGUGAGUUUACCUGGGUGGUUAAGAGGAAGGAGAAACAUUUCAUGGAGCUGCACAAAGAGCUGCAGACGUACAAGACCCUCAUGAGGAUCCCGCUGCCGUCACGCAGCCACACGGUGAGGAGAAGGACGGUGAGGAAGAGCGAGGUGAGGGAGAUGCCGUCCCUGCCGAGGGGAGGGGGAGACGAGCUGGUGAGAGACGAGCAGGUCUCCAGCAGGAAGAGACAAUUAGAGGACUAUUUGGACAAGCUGCUGAGGAUGGCCAUGUACCGCAAAUAUCACCAUACUAUGGAGUUCAUUGACAUCAGCCAGAUGUCUUUUAUCCAUGACUUGGGGCCCAAAGGACUGGAAGGGAUGAUCUAUAAGCGAUCAGGCGGACAUCGUAUCCCCGGGAUGAACUGCUGCGGCCACAGCCAGGCCUGCUACCGCUGGUCCAAACGCUGGUUGGUGGUGAAGGACUCGUGUCUUCUAUACAUGAAGCCAGACUCGGGGGCCAUCUCUUUCGUCCUGCUGUUGGAUAAAGAGUUCUGCAUCAAGACUGACUCCAAAGACACAGAGACCAAACAUGGAGUCCGGGUGGACAGCCUCUCCAGGACCUUGGUGUUUAAGUGCAGCAGCUACAGACAUGCAAGCUGGUGGGGUCAGAGCAUCGAUAGCUUCGUGAAGAAUCAUGGGAAGGCUUUCCUCAGAGACCACCGCUGCGGGUCUUUUGCACAGGAACAGGAAAACAUCGCUGCCAAAUGGUAUGUGAAUGGAAAGAAUUACAUGGAGGAUGUGGCUGAUGCUUUGGAAGAGGCUAAAGAGGAAAUCUUCAUCACUGACUGGUGGCUGAGUCCAGAGAUCUUUCUGAAGAGACCUGUAGUGGAGGGCAACAGGUGGAGGCUUGACUGUACCCUCAAACGCAAAGCACAACAGGGAGUGCGCAUCUUUGUGAUGUUGUAUAAAGAGGUGGAGCUCGCCCUGGGCAUCAACUCGGGCUACAGCAAGAGGACGCUCAUGCACCUGCACCCCAACAUCAAGGUGAUGCGUCAUCCAGAUCACGUCUCGUCCUCCGUCUAUCUGUGGGCGCAUCACGAGAAGAUCGUUAUCAUUGACCAAUCAGUGGCCUUCGUGGGCGGGAUCGACCUGGCAUAUGGUCGCUGGGACGACAGAGAGCACCGGCUGACAGAUGUCGGCAGCGUGACGCGAUCUGUGGCGCUUGAGCAGGCUGGCUCCACCACCACUCCGUCCAAAAAGGGCGUGUCCUUCGUGGACGUCUCCAACUUCAACGGACGAGGCACACCGCCCAGCGACCCGGUGGACCUGCCGAAGCUGAAGGGGAUCGGACGCAGCAGGAAGGCUCGCUUCAGUCUGUACAAACACCUGCACAAACACACACUGCAGCACGCAGACAGUGUGAGCAGCGUGGACAGCACCGGGAGUGGCUCGGUGAAAAGCCUAAAGACUGGCGUUGGAGAGUUACAGGGCAGCACGCGCUUCUGGCAUGGAAAAGACUACUGCAACUUCGUCUACAGGGACUGGAUCCAGUUAGAGAAACCUUUUGAUGACUUCAUCGACAGGUACACCACUCCCAGAAUGCCCUGGCAUGACAUCGCCUCGGUGGUUCACGGUAGAGCCGCGCGGGAUGUGGCCAGGCACUUUAUUCAGCGCUGGAACUUCACAAAGAUCAUGAAGCCAAAGUAUCGCUCUCUGUCUUAUCCGUUCCUGCUGCCCAAGUCUCACUCCACCGCCAACGACCUCCGAUACCAAGUCCCUGGCUGCGUCAACGUCAAAGCGCAGGUGUUGCGGUCCGCAGCAGAUUGGUCGGCAGGUAUCAAGUACCACGAGGAGUCCAUCCACAGUGCCUACGUCCAGGUCAUCGCUAAGAGCAAACACUACAUCUACAUCGAGAACCAGUUCUUCAUCAGCUGUGCCGACAACAGGACGGUCUACAACAAGAUCGGAGACGCCAUCAUCGAGAGGAUCCUCAGAGCGCACAAGGAGGGUAAGAAGUACCGGGUGUAUGUGGUCACCCCCCUGCUGCCUGGCUUUGAGGGGGACAUCACCACCGGAGGAGGGAACGCCAUCCAGGCUGUGAUGCACUUCAACUACAGAACCAUGAUCAGGGGAGAGUACUCCAUCAUCUCACAGCUGAAAAAGGAGAUGGACGACCAUUGGAUGAAUUACAUCUCCUUCGCUGGCCUGCGGACUCACGCUGAGCUGGAGGGACGCCUCGUCACAGAGCUCAUUUACGUCCACAGCAAGAUGCUCAUCGCUGACGACAACACCGUCAUCAUCGGUUCUGCCAACAUCAACGACAGAAGCAUGCUGGGUAAACGUGACAGCGAGGUGGCGGUGAUUAUCGAGGACUCUGAAAAGGUCCCUUCGAUGAUGGAUGGACAGGAGUACGAAGCUGGACCCUACGCACUGCAGCUGCGCCUCGAAUGCUUCAGGACUAUCCUUGGAGGUCACACUGACACCAGUAUCGACCUGUCUGACCCGAUCAGCGAGCGCUUCUAUAAGGAGGUGUGGAUGACCACGGCUGGCCGCAACGCCACAAUCUAUGAGAAGGUGUUCCGAUCCCUUCCUUCCUCCCUGGUGAGGAACAUGUCUGAGCUGGAGCAGUACCAGGCCACGCCGGGUUUGGCCCAGUCCGACCCGGCCCGCGCUCAGGAGGAACUGCGCAAAAUCCGAGGCUUCCUGGUCCAGUUUCCUCUGGACUUCCUGUCUGAGCAGAACCUCAUGCCCUCAGUUGGAACCAAGGAGGCCAUGGUCCCAACGGAGAUCUGGACAUAAAGGAUGCCAGACACGUACACAUCAGAGUUGAACUUUCUGAGCAUCUUGAGUGAAGUAUCAGGAUCGUCUUCGAAUUUGUAACGUUGGAUUAUUGCAGAGACCGUCUUUAAUCCAGAGAUGAGCGAGUCUUCUGGAUUGACAUGACUGCCGGGCAUUGACAAAUCCCUCAAGCCUGUUUCUACUGAAAAUCACUAAACUGUAGUCACAACUUUUUGGGUAAGCAUUAACUCGUUUGGGAUGUAUGAAGAAGUGAACGAUAUCGCACCUGAGGACAAUAUUUAUGACUGCAUUGAAGCUGUGGAGAUGAAUAACAGGCACAUGAACUCUGGUUUUAGUGAAUCAACUCAACUCUGCCCACGUUUCCCUUUUGGACUGGAUUUCUAAGGUAUGAGGGUGAGGCAAGAGCAAGUUUUUGACAAUGACGCUAAUAAAUAUUCAGUUCUAGUUUAAAGUAAUCGCAAAAUACACCGAGAUGGUGAUGCAUGUGACUUCCUGAGUUUGUGGUCUGUUCUUGUAAGGUGCAUCAGCGCUACGUACACCGGUUUAUGAGCUCACAGAGGACUGAUGAGUUUCAAAGUCUGUUUUCUCAGAUGUGUCUUGAUGGUUAUUUUCUGUAAAACAAAUCCAAAACGUGAUCACUUUUUCCUGUGCAGUACAUGGUUCUAACUAUGCUUGAGUCUUGUUAACUGAAUUCUAAAAUGCAUAUACCAAUCACAUCUCUGAAAAACAUUAUAUUUCCUGUCGUCAGUGCUUAGUGACAGAUAACCACUAGACAUGAUGAGGUCUGAACUGUACUGCUGAAAUCAGAGGGAGCUGUGUUGAUCUGAAAAAGGGACAACAUCUAAUUCAACUCAGUUACAACACAAUGUGUUCAGAGGCUGUAUCAGUGGUACAUUUCAGAGGCUGGAUGGGACAAUCGGGUCAUCAUUUCAAAGUAGUCAUUUCCUCUUUGCUCAACAGAUGGUGCUAUUUUCUUAAAAAUGUACGGCGGUCUAAUAUGGGCCUUUAUAUUCCUCAUGCCACUUCUCUCAGUCUUAUAUACAGUGUUUGAACAAUUUAGACAAUGAUUAUUAUAGCAUGCAACCCAUGCCGAGAUAGCGUUUACGUUUCCAGUUUCCUGGCAGUUCCAGUGGUUUUCUUGAUGAAGAUUUUUGCUCAGCGUCAAAAUAAAAUCUUGUUUUUUUUAAAUGUAUCACAGCCUGUAUUGGUCAAAGAGAAGGGACUCUGACUUACAGCACAAUAUGAAGCAAAUGUAAUUUGUAUAGACUAAAUGUGACGCGAAAGAACCACUCCUUUAGAACCCAGCUGAACUGGAUUAGUUAACGAUAUUUAGGUUAUGAAUCACAGAGUUGUCAGAGGAGGAUUCCUGUAAAUCAAACCAUCAACGGCUAAUUUGGCAUCAAUAGGCCUUUGUAUAUGACUUUCCGCCUAAGUCACGCACACAGCAUCAGAAUCCUUGACACUUAUUCAACAGAAGAAGACAAUAACUUUGAUGGAGGGGAUCCAUAUAUUGUUAAAUGGGACCAGGGAAUUGAUGGAUGUAAGCUGAAGUGGGUGAAAACAUCCCAGCCUCUGAACUGAUUUCAACAUAUUGUUUACCCAUGCUGGAUUUAUCAUUGCAUUAUCCAUGGAAAAUUGAUGUAUUUUCUAUGUAUGGCAUAUGGAUGGUUGUGACUUCAUAUUUCUUUAUCAUAACCAUCCGCUAUCUGUACCCCUUGAGCUCAAUUCAGCUGAUCUUGCUUCCACUGUUUAUGUAUCGUACCUUUUUUCUACAUUUGAAACCUUUUUCUAAUUUGUGUCUGUUCAUGUAACACAGUGUAAUUCAUCAUUUAAGUGGCUAACAAAUAAAAAUAUAUUUGGAAAUGUU